AUGGCUGGAAAAGAAGAAGGAGAAGCGCAUUGUAAUCUAGGAAACACCUACAACGACCUUGAAUUCCAAAAGACCAUGGACUCCCAUGCUAAAGGCGUUGGAGACAUGACAGAGGAACGAGCAACGUAUGGUAAUAUUUGCGAUAUUCACAGCUAUGAGCGUUACCUCAAAAUUGCUAGAGAAGAGGGAGAUAAGGAAUUAGAAGGAGGUGCAUACGCUCAUCUUGGCAUCGCCUAUCACCGUCUUGGAGAUUUCCAGAAAGCCAUAGACAACCAUGAACGAUAUCUCAAAAUUGCCAGAGAAGUAGGAAACAGGAAUGAAGAAGGAGGCGCAUGCUGUUUACUUGGCUACACCUAUGAGAGUCUUGGGGAGUUCCAGAAAGCUAUAGACUACCAUGAACAACACCUCAAAAUUGUCCAAGAACUGGGAGACAGGAAAGGGGAAGGACAGGCAUGCAGAAACCUUGCUAAGGCUUAUGACGGAUAUGGAGAUUUCGAUAAAGCCAUAGAGUACCACAAAGAAGGCCUCAAAAUUUCGGUACAAAUGGGAGACACGGAAAAUGAAGGAUAUGCAUACAAUAGUCUUGGCAUCAUUUACUACGGUCUUGGAGAUUUUCAUAAAGCAAUUGACUUCCAUAAACAACACCUCAAACUUGCGAGGGAAGAACAGGAUAAAAAGAAAGAAGGAAAGGCGCUUGGUAAUCUUGGCUGCGCUUAUCUCGGUCUUGGAGAUAUCCAGAAAGCCAUAGACUACUUUGAACAAGACCUCAAAAUUUGCAGGCAAGUAGGAGACCGAAAAGGAGAAGGAAGAACGUACAAUAAUUUUGGAAAAGCCUAUGACAGUCUUGGAGAUAUCCAGAAAGCAGUAGACUACUUUGAACGAUAUCUGAAAAUUACCAGAGAAGUGAAUGACAGAGCAGGAGAAGUAAUGGCAUAUACCAAUCUCGGCUGCGCCUAUCGCAGUCUUGGGGACAUUCAGAAAGCCAUAGACUACUUUGAACAAUGCAUCAGACUCACCAGAGAAGUAGGAAACAGGGCAGAAGAAGGAGCAGCGUGCAUGAAGCUUGGUUAUGUUUAUUACCGUAUUAACGAUUUUCAGAAAGCCAAAUUCUACCUUGAGCGGCACCUUAAUCUUAGCGAAGAAGUGAAAGACAGGGUAGCAGGAGGGACAGUGUACUGUAGUCUUGGCAUUACCUAUCACAAUCUUGGAGAUUUUCAAAAAGCCAAAACCUGCUUCGAGCAACACCUUAAAAUUGCCACAGAACUGGGAAACAGGGCAGAAGAAGGACAAGCAUGCUGUAAUCUUAGCAACGCCUAUGACAGUCUUGGAGAUUUCCAGAAAGCCAUAGACUACGGUGAACGACACCUUAAAAUUGCCAAAGAAGUAGGAGACAGGGCAGGAGAAGGAAAAGCGUACUGUAGUCUUGGCAACGCCUAUCGUAGUCUAGGAGAUUUCCAGAAAGCAAAGGACUACUUUGACCUAGAGCUUCAAAUUGUCAAAGAAAUGGGGGACAGGGCAGGUGAAGGCACAGCGUACUGUAAUCUUGGCAACGUCUAUCUUAGUUUUGGAGAUGUUAAGAAAGCCAAAGACUACCAUGAACAAGACCUCAAAAUUGCCAGAGAACUGGGAGACGAGGUUUCACAAGGAAGAGCGUACUGUAAUCUUGGUAUUGCCUAUAAUAUUCUUGGAGAUUUCCAGAAAGCUAUAGACUACCAUGAACUAUUCCUUAAAACUGUUAGAAAGGUAGGAGACAGGGCAGGAGAGGGAAAAGCGUACGGUAAUCUUGGCAGCACCUAUUUGAAUACAGGAGAUUUCCAAACAUCCAUAGACUACAGUGAACAACAUCUCAAAAUUGCUAGAGAAGUGGGAGAAAAAUUAGAAGAAGGAAAUGCGCACGGUAAUCUUGGCAAAGCCUACUUGAAUAUUGGAGAUUUCCAGAGAGCUAUAAAUUACCAUGAACAGCACCUCAAGAUUGCAAGAGAAGUUGGAGACAGAACAGGAGAAGCAACGGCUUACGGUGAUCUUGGCAAUGCCUAUUACAUGCUUGGAGAUUUCCAGAAAUCCAUAGACUACAGUGAACGAACUCUAAAAAUUGCCAGAGAAGUGGGAGACACAAUAUUAGAAGGCCAAUCGUACUGUAAUCUUGGAGGCCCCUACCACGCUCUUGGAGACUACCAGAAAGCCAAAGACUUCUUUGAACUACAUCUCAAAAUUGCCAGAAAAGUGGGAGACAAGGCAGGAGAAGGAAAAGCGUAUGGUAAUCUCGGCUUCGUCGAACACAGUCUUGGCAAUUUACAGAAAGCUAUAGACUACAGUGAACGACAACUUAAAAUUGCCAAAGAAGUAGGAGACAAGGCAGAAGUAGGAAAAGCUUACUGCACUCUUGGCAGGGUCUAUCUCGUGCAAGGGGAAUUCCAGAAAGCCAAAGACUACAUUAAACAAUACCUCCAAAUUGCCAUAGAAGUAGGACACAGGGUAUUAGAAGGAAAAGCGUACUGUAAUCUCGGCAAUGUCGAGCUUUGUCUUGGUGAUUUCCGGACAGCCAUAAAAUACCAGGAACAAUACCUCAAAAUUACUAGAGAAGACGGAGAAAGACCAGGAGAAAGAGUAGCGUACGAAAAUCUUGGCCACGCCUACUUCAGACUUGGAGAUUUCCAGAAAGCCUUGGGCCACUAUGAACGACACCUCAAAAUUGCCGAAGAAUUGGGAGACAGGGCUGGAGAAGGACAAGCCUACGGUAAUCUUGGUAACGUUUUUUCGAGUCUUGGAGAUUUUCAGAAAGCCAUUGACUACCAUGAACGAAGUUUGAACAUUUCAAGAGAAGUGGGAAACAAGGAAGGAGAAGGAGCAGCGAAUUGUAAUCUUGGCAGUGCCUAUUACAGUCUUGGGGAUUUCCAACACGCCAAAGAAAACCAUGAAAGACAUCUGAACAUAUGUAAAGAAGUGGGAAACAGGGUACAAGAAGGAUCAGCGUACUGCAAUCUUGGAAUUGUUUUUGACAGUCUUGGAGAUUUUCAGAAAGGCAUAGACUACAAGGAACAACACCUCAAAAUUUCCAGAGAAUUGGGGGAUAAAACAGGAGAAGGAUCGGCAUAUGGUAAUCUUGGUAUUUCCUAUCGCAGGCGUGGAGAUUUCCAGAAAGCCAUAGAGUACCUUGAACAAGGCCUCAAAAUUGCCAGAGAGGUGGGAGACAGGACAGGAGAAGGAAAAGCGUAUGGUAAUCUUGGCGAAGCGUAUCACAGUGUUGGAGAUUUCCAAAAGGCCAAAGAAUAUUAUGAACGAGAACUCGAAGUUUCCAGAGAAUUGGGUGACAGGAAAGGAGAGGGGAUAUCGUACUCUAGUCUUGGCUACGUCCAUGAAAAUCUUGGAAUAUUCGAAAAAGCCAUUCAGUACUAUAAAAACAGUAUAAGAAUAUUCGACCACAUGAGGAGUAAGCUGAUAUCUAAUGAUGAAUGGAAAAUUAGUCUUGGUAGUACGUAUGAUCACGUUUAUUCGCAGCUAUGGAAACUGCUGUUUGAAAAGGGAAAACUCGUCGAGGCACUGUUAGCCGCUGAUAAAGGACGUGCGCAGGCCUUAAAUGAUCUUCUGGAACUGAAGUAUGGAAUAAAAGGCUUUUGUCCAGAAAUAGAAACAGUGACUGCAACUUCACCUGAAAUUCUUAAUUGCCUACCAGGAAAUUCAGUUUUUAUAGGGCUCAACGAGGAAGAAAUAGUUUUCUGGGUCAACAAAAAUGGAAAAGAAAUCAAAUCUAAAAGAAAGCAGAUAGAUGUCCCUAUUACAACCUAUUUUCAGACUCUGUUAGAAAUUACAUUUGAGGUUCUUGGAGUGAGAGCUUAUGUUAACUGUGAAGAUCGCUCAUUAAACAAUCCAAGAGAUGAAACGGUAUCAGAUGAAAGAUCCAACAAGAAAAGGUCUGAUUCCUCGCUCUGCGAGACAAAUCCAUUGAAAACAUUGUAUGAUGUCGUCAUAGACCCUAUUAAGGAUUUCAUCCAGGGUGAUGAAGUUGUGGUCGUCCCUCCAGGUCCUCUGUUUUUGGCACCUUAUGCUGCCUUUAUGGACCUGAAUUCGAAGUACCUCUGUGAAACCCUUAGAAUCCGACUCCUUCCCUCCCUUUCUAGUCUGCGAUUAAUCAUCAACUGUCCAGCAGACUGGCACAGCAAGACUGGCGCCCUUCUCGUUGGCGAUCCGUGGGUACAGGAAGUAAGGUAUAAUGGAACAAAGCUACCCCAGUUGAAGUGGGCCGAAAAGGAAGUGAAGAUGAUUGGGGAAAUACUUCAAACAACGCCUCUUGUUGGAAAGCAGGCAACAAAGGAUGAAGUAUUGAGACGAAUCUCCUCGGUUGCCUUGGUGCACAUUGCCGCUCACGGUAAAAUGGAAACAGGAGAAAUAGCCCUAGCACCGAACACAACACGUUCAUCCCUGGUUCCAGUCAAGGAAGACUAUCUCUUAACUAUGAAAGAUGUUUUAAAGGCGCAGAUUAGGGCAAGACUUGUGGUACUUAGUUGCUGUCAUAGUGCCCGGGGAGAGAUCAAGGCUGAGGGCGUGGUCGGCAUCGCACGGGCGUUUUUGGGUGCCGGUGCUCGUUCUGUUCUGGUGUCCCUGUGGGCGAUCGACGACGAGGCUACUAUGGAGUUCAUGAAAGUUUUCUACCAACAACUAGUCAAUGGAAGAAGUGCCAGUGAGGCUCUGAACAAAGCCAUGAAAUCCAUGAGAGAAUCUGUCCGCUUUAAUGCAGUGAUGUACUGGGCGCCGUUUGUCCUCAUUGGUGAUGACGUAACGGUUGAGUUUGAGGGCAACAAAUAA